AUGUCAAAGGCCACUACUAAGAAGGAAGUUGCAAAGAAAGUUGAAAAGAAAGACGAGAAAAAGAAAGAAACCAAAUUCUUCAACGCGGUUGUUGACUAUAUUAACGACCGUAACGCAGUCGUCUUGAAAACCACUGGACCAAAGAAGGAGAAUAAUUUGGCUGUCUUGGCCUACGUCGAUGUCCCACGCUCAGUCAAAGACAAAGAGACUGGAAAGAUCAACGAAGAAUUUUUCUACUACGAAACCAAUGAAAUCUUGAGAAAGAAGUUGGUUGGCAAGGAUAUCAAGUUUGAGCUUGUUAAAGAGAUGGAAAAUGGAAUGAAACAAGUUGUCCCAUUUGUUGGAAAAGAGAACGUCAUCGUCACGUUACUCGAGAAGGGAUAUGCUUCCCUCAGAAUUAAACAACACCCAGAAAACAAAAAUGAACACAAGGAGUACUUUGCUGCUGCUGAGAAGGCAUCUGCUGCGAAGAAAGGAAUGUUUGCUUCAGAGGAAGAGGUUAAGAAGGUUGCCAUUAAGAAACCAGAGAGCUUGUAUUUCACUGUUGAAGAACUCAGUAAGAUGGUUGGAAAGACUAUCGAAGGACACAUCAAGAAGGUUGACUCACCAGCAACCAUCCUCUUCGAGACGACUACAAGAAAGUUGAUGAGAGUCUCUGUCUACGCCGUCAACCAGAAGUUGGAAUUUGACCCAGCAACCAAAAACUUCAAAAUGGACGACAUUGCCAAAGAAGCUGUUGCUUACUUGAGCAACGAAAUCACUUAUCACGACGCAACAAUCAAGGUCAUGUCUGUUGAGAAAAGAACCGCUGGUAUCGUCACUGUCGACGGCAAAGACAUUGCUGAGGGUUUGUUGAAGGCAGGAUUUGUAUUUGGUAGCAAACUUGCUGAGGCUGAUGUUGCUGUGAAAGAAAAGUAUCUUGCGUGUGAAAAAGAGGCGAAAGAAGCGAAGAAAGGAAGAUGGACCAACUUUGAUCAAGCUGCUGAAGACGCCAUUAUUGCUAAGAAAGAGAAGAGACAACACGACUUGGCUGACAGAAAGAAGAACCCAAAGAAACUCGAAGGAGAAGUCGAGUCCUUUGCUAAGCUCAUCACCUUCAGAAAGGGCGAUCAAGUCUUUAAGGGACAUUACGCAUCAAUCAGACCAGUCACUGUUAAGGACAACAAAGAGUUCAACCAACUCCUCGACUUCAGAAUUAAAGAGUUCUUGAGAAAAUUGAUGAGCGGAAAGAAGGUUGAAGUGAAGGAGUGCUACACUCGUUCAUUUGAAGACGCAGAGAAGAAGACAACAACUGUUGAUCAUUAUUAUGAUGUCUUGGUCAAUGGAAAGAACGUCGCCAUCAAAUUGCUCGAGAAAGGAUUCUUCACAUUGGAGAACUCAAGGGAUGAGAUGUAUCAAUCAUUCGACUACAAGGAACUCUCUGAAGCCAAAGUCGGAAAGUAUGAAGAAAAGAAGAUCACUGAGUUCAAUGCUAGCAAAGACGGUAUCAAGGAGCAAUAUAUGAACAGCGUCAUGACUGCCGUUGUUGAAGCUGUUUUGUCACCAACUAAGCUCAUCAUCUAUAUCCCAGACAGAGACGUCAGAAUGUCAGUCUUGCUUGCCAACUGCAGACUCCCAAGAGACGACGAGAAUGAAGCCCUCAAGAAGUUCAACCAAGAGUCCAUUUCAGAACUCAAGAAGUUUGUGUUAAACAAUGAAGUUAUGGUUGACUUCAGAGAGUUCAACAAGAGCAACUUCCUUGUUGAAAUGAGCUACAAGAAGCAAUCAGUCAAUCAAUUUGUCUUGGACAACGCAUUCGCCCAGUACGCUGGAAGAAAGGAGAACCCAUCACAGAAGAACGUUGCUGCUAAAGAGAACUCUACUGGUAUCUACCAAUUCAAGACUAAGGGAGAUAUUAAAACCGAAGAGAACGCCAAGAAGAUGUCUGAACUGAAGGAAUACAAGCGUUCUGAAGAUUUCAAAUUUGAGGGAGAGAAGAAGGCAUACAUUGUUGGAUUUGACGGAGUUAAAGUGUACUACUACAACUCUGCUGAGGACGCCAAGUUCAUUGAAGAGAUUUCAACCAAGUUUGCGACAGCAAAGAAGGUACCAUUUGAGGUGAAGGAAGGUAUGGCAUGUGGUGUUGAAAACAAAGGAAAGUGGUACAGAGGCGAAGUUGUGAAGGUUGCUCAAUCUGCAAAUGUAGUGAAGUGCAUUGAUACUGGUGUUGUUGUCAGUGUUGGUAAGAAGAAGAUUAAACCAACCACCGACGAGAUCAAGAAAGCUCCAGUCACUGUGAAAUCUGUUGUUUUGGCUGCUAUUGAAUUGAUGGUUCAGGGAAAGAACAUUGAGUAUGAAUUGAUGGUCGCUAAGGCCCAAGAGUUCUGCAAUAAAGAAGUCUCGAUCUACAUCUCAGGAAAGGGUGCUGCUGAAGCUGCUAAGAUCAUCGAUGGUAAGGUUUGCAUGAACGUUGCUCUUGUUGAGAAUGGUCUUGCACUUGUCUCAAGAAGCUUCAGAGAUAAGUCUGAGUUUGGAAAUGCUCUUUUCAAGGCACAAGACGCUGCUAAAGAGGCUCACUUGAACAUUUGGAGAUAUGGUGAGUUGGUCGAAGAAGAGGAAGUCAAGGAGGAGGUAAAAGAUUUCAAAGGAAAGAAGCCAGCUGCUAAGGCGCAAAAGGCUGAGGCAACAAAAACAGAGAAGAAGUGA